CCACGUGCUACGCAGAAGAGAUCGGAGCAUGGGAAGCUGGGCCCCGGCCGUUUGCCGCCAAACACGCAGUGCGACUCACUUCGCCAUCACCAGCGUCGGUGGCCACCAAACUAGUUAGAAGGAGCCAUCUCGUAAUAUUAGAGCACAUAUUACUCACUAGUUAUAUUUUUUAUUAUGCAUCUAGAUAUAAUAAUAUUUAGAAAAGUUAAAAGAGCGAGUAACUUUAACUAAUAAUUAGACAGAAUUUUAAAAAGCACGAGUUUUCCAAUAUAUAUAUAUUCAGUGCCCCUAUACUGAUUCAUUUUCAAUCUGUGCGGCUGUGCUCCACGAAAGCAAAUAGGUUCUAAGCUGAAGCUCUCGGUGGCUAGCUAUGAAGAUGGAUACUGCCUUCCAUAUGGCGAAAGCGGAAAGUGAAAGCAGCUACAGCAACAACUCCAGGCUUCAAAGAAAAGCUUUGUUGGAGACUAAACAAGUCCUUGAGAAGGCCGUAAAAGAAAUAUGCUCCUCUGUGCUCCCUCCAAAACUGGUGGUUGCUGACUUAGGCUGCUCUUCAGGAGAAAACACGCUCAUCUUCGUCUCCCAGGCGAUCAACGCCAUGAGUGACAGCCAGCAAAUGGAGGUGCAAUUCUUCCUCAAUGAUCUGCCGGAAAAUGACUUCAACUAUAUCUUCCGUUCACUUGGAAACUUCAAGGAGUCGAUUGCAGCGGAGCACAAGGGAGGAACACCGCCUCCCUUUUACAUUGCUGGGCUGCCUGGCUCCUACUAUACUAGGCUUUUCCCUUCGCAAAGUGUUCAUCUCUUUCACUCGUCGUACUGUCUCCAUUGGCGCUCGCGGCUUCCUGAUGGUCUCGACGUCGACGCAAAACCUUACCUAAACAAAGGAAACAUUUACAUUGCAAAGACUACAACGUUAUCUGUGGUGAAACUGUACCAAGAGCUGUUCGAGACGGACUUGUUGCUCUUCCUCAAGCUGCGGCAUGAGGAACUCGUCUCUGGUGGGCAGAUGGUGCUAACGUUUCUUGGGAGGAAGAAUGAGGAUGUGUACAAAGGAGAUCUGAACCAUCUUUGUGGGCUACUUGCACAAUCUGUUCAGUCUCUCGUUCACAAGGGCCUUGUGCAAGAGGAAAAGCUUGAUGCCUUCAAUCUCCCCGUUUACGGCCCAUCGGUUGAUGAAGUGAUGGCAGUGGUCAGAAAGAGCGAGCUGUUCAACGUCAGUUCCAGACUGUUUGGAUCCAACUGGGAUCCUUACGAUGACUCCGGAGAUCGUGUUGUCCAAGAUAGCUUCCAAAGUGGCCUGAAUGUUGCUAAGAGCAUCAGAGCGGUCAUGGAGCCCUUGUUUGCGAGCCAUUUCGGUGGAGCCAUGCUGGAUGAGCUGUUCAGAGAAUACGCACGUAAUGUUGCAAAGCACCUUCAGAGGGAGAAGACCAUGUACUCAGUCAUCGUCCUGUUCUUGCAACGAAGAUAAAGUUGGUAGAGCUUAUCUAUGCAUGUAUUUUCCUCAAAUGCCUGAGGAUUAAUUAUCCUGCAAUUUUUAUUUAAACAUAAAUGUACACGAUGUCUGCCAUUCCUUGCUCUAUUUCUAUUUUC